AUGACACGGCCCAACAACUUUUAUGGCACUUACCCUCUAAAACAGAACGAUUUCCAUCCAACGGAUGAGGUGGAUGGCGCUGGAAAUGUGCGAAGUAUUUUGAGGAAAGGGCAUCGGGAUUCAAGCGCAAGCAGAGGCUAUUAUGACAUGUAUCCGGAGCCGGCGAUGACUCUGCCGAGAAAAGUGAGCAUUCUGCUAUCUUCUAGAAUAUGUUAAAAGCGCAAUUUUUGGAUAUGUUUCUCAAUAUGUAGCAAUUUUUAUGAUUUUCUUUUGAAUUCCAGCCGAUUUACCGAGAAAGCAAGCUUCGGGUCUUCUUCGACCGCCUAGUUCGACCGUGUGCCGCCGAAUUUUUGGCCGUCUUUUUGUCCGUCUACAUUUAUAAACAUAUCGAGACACAGUUAACGGAUCGACAAGUCCAGUUCUUCCUCAGAAUCAUCAUUUUGUCGUUUACGGAUGCUGCUUUAAUGGGGAUCUAUCUGACUUCUUUUGGAACGUAAGUUUUUGAAUCUUGCCCCAUAGCUUAAAACUGCGAUCUUUUUACGACCAGUCAAGGCGUUUUCACUAAAUUUCAGAGUUCAAAUGAGUCCGGCCAUAACGUUGGCCCAAUUAUUUUCAUUGAAUACCCCCUGGUUCUUAUGCAUUUUCUUGUUUGCCAUGCAAUUUCUGGGUGGUCUGAGUGGGAUCGGACUGUUCUAUGUAAGUGAUUUAUGGUGAUUGAUAGUUAAAAAUUGAGGAAAGUUUUUGGUUUAUGGACAAAAAUAGAACUUUUGGAAUAAGAUGAAUAUAUUUUUAGGUAAAAUACGAAGGAUCCAAAAAUGCAAAAAAAUGAAUAGAAUUUUACGAAUUUCAAAAAAUGUAAAAUACGGUUUGAACAAAAAAAAAUAUAAAAUUAUCUAAUUAAAAAACGACCUUUCAGCUCUCUCACAGCGGAAUGUUUCCCACCUUACCCAAACUUGUACUUGAUAUGGAAGGAGAUUUCACUGGAAGCGCCAACGAAUUGAUUAUUUGUCAGAUUGCCGGGACCAUUGGAGCCGUCAUUAGUUACAUGAUGGUGACUCGGCCCGUUGGAAGUGAACGAGUCUACGUCUCGAGAUUGUAUACAAGCUCGGUCGGGCCAGUAACGGCGGUCGGUCUGGGCACAUUUUUGAGGUGAGAACUGGAAGAAAAAUUAAGAUUAUUUUUUGGGAAUGGGCGUAUUUUACCACAAGAAGUUUUUCCGAAAAAAGUUGAUUGCAAUUCUAAAAUCAGAAAGAUUUGGCUUAUAUUUACAGGGGAAGUACUCCAAGUGCGACGCUCAGAUUUUCUUUAAAUUUUGCACACAUGUCGGGUAUGGACUAAAUAUCAAUUCCUGAAAGUUUUAGCUCGCGCUUUGCGGGCGCCGCCGAUAUAUCGAACGAUUUUUGCCGCCGAAAGAGCACGCUAAACGUGGAGAGCGGUCAGAGAGAAAAGCGCUUUUUGGCCAUAACUUUGGCAGUUCCGUGCGGAAAAAUUUGAUUUUUUGUAGAAACAUUAUUCUUUACGGUAGAAAUAGGCAUGAAACUUUUCGCGCCGAAAUUCCGCGAAAAGUCCUAAAUUUUGGCCGACUUUCGAUCUAAAAAUCUCGGUUGUUUCUGCAAAGCGCGAGCUAGGAUUCUCGCAUAUAUCUUAGAAAAAAUUAUUCUAAGUUUGUGCCAAGUUUCAUAAAAAUCUGAGCGUCGCACUUGGAGUACUUCCUCUGUUUGAUUGAAUUCUUUUUAUAAGCAUUCUUUAAUUUUGCCCGUUCUUACAAUUAUCGGCAGCGUUUUUUCAAAAAUAAAAUACGCAAAGACAUGAAUAAACGCUUUUUUUCUCAAAGAUCUGGCUAAAAUGCUUGACGUAUUUUACUUCAAAUUACAUGUAGAUUACUUCGAAAUUUAGAAUGCCAAUUUUUUGCAAAUAUUUUUCAGUUUACUCCACUCGAAUAUCCCUUGGAACCCGGUUAACGCAUUUUCCUUGACUUUGUUCCACUUUCUUCGAGGAAAUAACGCAUACGUCUGGCAUAAUCAUUACGUCUACUGGUUGGGGCCGGUCCUCGGAUCAUUGGCUGCCUGUUUUUUGUAUAGGUAAUUUUUUUGUCAUUGGAUUUUUAAUUGAUUCAUAUUAUUUUAGGUUCAUUUUGGCACCAAGAGAGAGCCGCGAGCGAAUUCGACCGUUGAAUCUUCCCAGACCCGAGCUUUUUUAG